UAGGUAAUUAUAGGGGAAGGAAGUUAGGUAAAGAGAUGGAUAGGUGUAAAAAAAAAACAAAUAAAAAAACAACUACUUUCAAGCCUUUCAAAACGUAGAGUCACACAAACUACGUCAACACUUGUAACCACUUGGGUACUCCAGGCCAGUUGGCCGACCACCACACCACUGUGUCACUGAGGCUUUGUGUGAGAGGCAGAUCCCCGGGACUCGCAAACCUAAACAGCGAUACGCACACAAUCAACUGGAGGUCGUGUGUGAGGAAAAGAGAGCUCAGACUUUAAUGUACGUUUUGGAAUCACUAAGAACCAAGAAACAUUGCCAUUCACCAACAAAUGCUUUAGAAAACCAUUGUUCCAUUUUUUUUAUAUUUAUUCACUACACAAUCAAGUAACAUUGGAUUGCCAAUGAAUCGUGAGAAUAGCUGCUAUAUUUUAACAAUAACGCUUUGAAAGAAGCCGCUGAACAUUGACCAUUGUCGUUGAUUGGAUUGGGGACAACCAAUUUGGAGCACACCACCAAGAAAGUUGCCAUGGAAACUAUUAUGUUCUUCCUCAUUUCGCUCCCGGUCUACGUGGCUGCGGAAAAAGACCUUAGUGCUGAGGGCGGUAAGGAGACGAAAGCGGUGGACCCGUUUGUAUAUGACUAUCAUAGCCUGCGGAUCUGUGGACUGGUCUUUGCUGUAGUACUCUUUGCCCUGGGCAUCCUGCUCAUCCUCAGUAAGUCUUCACACUUCAGUCGAAAAUGUCGCUGCAGUUUCAAUCAGGAGAAAGAGAAGCCCAAGGCCCCUGGAGAUGAAGAAGCUACUGCGGAGAACCUGAUUGUGUCAAAGGCUAAGGAACCAGAGCCGGAGGCAAAGGCUGAGAACUGAGACAGCCCGACCAAGCGCCACCCCAACCCCCACACACCUGAAUGACGAUGAGCCAAAUCUUCCACUUAACCACAACCCAACGACUAACACAGUAACCAUGAAGGGAGGGGACACUGAUGACCGAGGCGAGAACGACGAACGAAGAGGACGAUGAAGCGUGCUGGUCAAUGUGUUGCAGGCCAAAGGUCAACUGUACAACCAGAGGGUAGGAGUGUGUAGAGGGGGUGGGGUGAUGGAUCAGAUGUAAAUAAACAUCUAGCGUAUUGUUCCGUGCUCCGUGGCUGUAUCUGUUUCUCAGUACUCCUGUAUGUGCCUUUCUGUAACAGUCUGUCUCCAGUUCGUAGUCUUAGCCAGGGACCUUUUUGCAGAUGGACUUUGACACCAGUUCAUAAUUAGACUAAUACAGUAUAUCAAGGACUGCUGUCAUUGUUUGUGUUUAACCUAUAUUGUGUGUUUUGUCGUCUUUAGGUGUUAGAGGUUACUGUUCGUUGUGUUUUUAAUGAGUUGUUAUGCUACCACUACCACUUGCAUAUCAGCUGUCCUUAUGCCGUUUUUCACAUGGUAAAUCAUAUACAAUACAUGCAUAUAUAUUAGUAUAAAUAGCCUAUACACGUUAUAAAGUUAGAGCUAUAUAUAUUUAAGUGUGUGCCUGUGUGAAUACAUGAGCUUAAGUUGUGUGUAAGUGUGUGUGUGUGUGUGUGUGUGUGUGUGUCUGAGUGUUUGUGUCUAUUUGACUGUGUUGCACCUUACACACGACAAUCCAACUUGUCACAGUUUACUGACCAAGCACAAAACGCAUGAGAGGUAUCUAGGAGGUCAUCAACAACAGUCCGCUGUGAGGUGAACUCCUACAUCAGCUGUAUCACUGCCUGUCCUGUACAACUGUCCAAUCUAGCCGCCUCCUGUGUGAUUGGCUGAGCCGGUUGAUUCCGUGAAUGGAUGGUUUUCGCACCCGCACUAGUGGCGCAAAUGGUUGUACUUUAUGAUUUAGUUGAGACGUAAUUGUAGCCGAUUGCAAAGUCAAUCUCUCAACCAAUGGUGUCUUGUGGUUUUGUACUGUACGAUCUUCAUUAAGUUAGUAACUGCACAGUUUUUCCAUUUCUAUGAAAUACUGAAAAAUACAAUCUAAUUGAAAUAGUUUUGCUGCAAAACAGUGGUAAUAAAGAAUGUUAUCCUUGCUGUGUGGGAAUGGUGGGAAUGCACCUGUGUGUUUGUGUGGAGUGCACAUUUGUGUGUAGGGCUUGGGUGAAUAUUUUACAGCUCAGAUACUAACUGUGCCUGAGUUAUAGUUUUAGAUGCCAAAUUAAGUAAAGAUAAUAAAUGCAAAGAUAAUUGGCUAUGUAUCAAAUGUCAGGAAAUGCUUAUAGUAUGUCGCAGUUAGACAUUCAUUAUUAUCCUGAGCAUCGUUCUUACAAACACCGUCACAACAAUAAGUAACUACUCUGUUCAUUAUGUGCAUGAGGUUGUAUAUUGUAUAGAUAAAGUUUGUGCUUUUAACAGAAGAAAUAAAGUGGCUAUCACCUAUAACCUUCCA